UUGCAGCCGAAGCAGGAGGAUGAAGAGAUGGUCGAUGAGACCACCAUGGAGGUCAAAGGCUCUCAACUCGAAAUUAUGGAAAGCGAUGUUCAGAUCAGCUUCGAGGACGGCAUGCCGCCUGCAGCAGGCGAGGGACAAGAGACAACCACAGCAGAUGAUGAAGGGUUCGUUCCAGAGUCCGAGAAUGGCGAUGCAAAGGAGGGCGGCGGCGACGAUGACGACGACGACGACGAGGAUGAGGGCCCGACGACACGAAGGAGGAAUCGACCCAACCGCAGCCAGCAGGCAGACGACGAGGUCGAGCAGCCCGAGGAAGACGAGGCUGCACACCCGCGCCGUUCCAGUCGAAAGAAGCCGAAAAGUUCACAACGAAAACGCCAAGACGACGAAGAGAGUGAUUUCGAGCCAGAGGAAGAAGAGUCUAAUGACGACGACGAGAUCUCACAGUCUGGGAAGUCGCAAGCUUCACCACGCAAGGGAAGUCAGGCCCAUGAGGAGGAUGAGGACAGCACCACCGGCCGUCGCCCGGGUCUCCGCAAGCGCGCGUCCCGAUCCCGGGGACAGUCCGAAGUGGGUGCUGACAUCGCGGAGGAGCUCGCAGAGGAAUUGGAGGAUCUUCGCGGCGGUCGUCCUCGUCGGCGAGUGCAACAGGAGAUUGUUUACGAGAAGCCUCGCCGCAGUCGCAAGGAUGUUGACUACCGCAUCAUCCGGCCUGAUCUGAUCCUGCCCAUUGAGGAGGCCGAGAACGAAGUCAAUGAAUCCCCUUCACGCCGCGGCCGGGGAGGCGGCGGCAACAGUUGGCAGCGAACCCUGUUUCCCACAUAUGGGCCAUUCGGAGGCGGCGGGCCGUCUGCCAUCUUAGGGCCCCCGGGCGCACCGGCUGCUACGGGUGGGGUAGACAGCGAUAGCAGUGACGACGAGGUUAUGCAGCAUCCCAAGGGUGGUGCAGGGGGUUCCAUCUCCGGCCCUGCACAGCCUGGUGCCGGCCUCUUGGGUACGCAGACUCACAGCGCCGAUGCAGCCCAGGGCCACGCCGGGACGCCUGCAAAUCUCGGCAAAAUCAAAGACAAGCAGACACUGGCUGAUGCUGACCCGUUGGGUGUGGACAUGAGCGUCAACUUCGACAGUGUUGGUGGCUUACAGGGCCACAUCGACCAGUUGAAGGAAAUGGUGUCGCUGCCGCUACUAUAUCCAGAGAUCUUCCAACGCUUCCACAUCGUACCUCCGCGAGGUGUGCUUUUCCAUGGACCCCCCGGAACUGGUAAGACGCUGCUCGCCCGAGCAUUGGCGAACAGUGUCAGCUCGAAUGGCCGUAAGGUGACCUUCUACAUGCGAAAGGGUGCCGACGCUUUAAGUAAAUGGGUGGGUGAGGCGGAGCGACAGCUUCGGUUGCUCUUCGAAGAGGCUCGAAAGACACAGCCUAGCAUUAUCUUCUUCGAUGAAAUCGAUGGAUUGGCACCUGUACGGUCAAGUAAGCAGGAACAAAUCCAUGCCUCGAUUGUAUCCACUCUGCUGGCGUUGAUGGAUGGUAUGGAUGGACGUGGACAAGUCAUCGUCAUUGGCGCCACGAACCGCCCCGACUCGAUUGACCCAGCUCUUCGACGCCCUGGUCGUUUCGAUCGCGAAUUUUACUUUCCACUGCCCAACAAGGAUGGCCGACGUUCUAUCCUGGACAUCCACACCAAGGGCUGGGAUCCACCGCUGCCUGGCCCCAUCAAGGAUGAGCUGGCGGAGAUCACCAAGGGCUAUGGUGGUGCUGAUCUUCGUGCCCUCUGCACAGAGGCAGCCCUCAAUGCAGUGCAACGACGAUACCCCCAAAUCUACAAGUCUAACCAGAAGCUACUCAUCGACCCGAAGACCAUUGAAGUGACCCCCAAGGAUUUCAUGUUGGCGAUUAAGAAGAUGGUCCCGUCGUCGGAGCGAUCAACCUCGUCGGGUGCCUCACCCCUGCCCCCCUCGGUCGAGCCUUUGCUGCGCACGCCUCUCACAGAGAUCAAGAAUUUGUUGUCUUUGAUCUUGCCGCAGCGAAAGAGGCUUACAGCCUUAGAAGAGGCGCAGUUUGAGGAACCGGAAGGAUCAGGAAGCUUCCAGCGCGAACAAAUGCAGCAGGAGUUCGAUCGCUCCCGGGUGUUCCGUCCUCGCAUGCUGCUCCGCGGGCCGCUAGGAAUGGGCCAGCAGUAUCUGGCUGGCGCCCUUUUGCACCAUUUCGAGGGACUUCAUGUUCAAGCUUUCGAUCUCCCUACCCUGCUCAGCGACUCGACUCGGUCACCGGAGGCCGCCGUCAUCCAGCUUUUCGCCGAAGUCAAAAGGCACAAGCCGAGUGUGAUCUACAUCCCGAACAUCCAGGCUUGGACUGAUACCGUCGGCCCGGCCGUGAUGUCUACGUUCCUGGGUUUACUGCGGUCAGUUCCUCCGACCGAUCCUGUGCUGCUAUUGGGCGUGCAGGAGUCGGCAGGUGAGGAUAUGGACAACGGUGUGCUGCGGAACUUGUUUGGGUAUUCAAAGAAGAACUUCUACGAUCUCAGAGCGCCAGGUAGCGAGGCACGCUACGAAUACUUUACAAAAGUCAUUGACUACGUCAAGACAUCACCUGCACACCUUCCCGACCCGGAGAAUCGGAAGAAGAGGGAGCUGGAGACGUUGGAAGUUGCACCUCCACCGCCCCCUAAGCCGGCAACGCCCCUCUCCAAGGAGCAGCUCAAGGCGCAGAAAAAGAAAGACCACCAAACUCUUAACCUACUCAAGAUCCGCAUCCAGCCUAUCAUGGACCAGAUCAAGAAGUACAAGCGGUUCCGCACUGGCGUCAUCGAUGAAUCGCAGAUUCGCUACCUCUGGGAGGAGGAAGACCCGAACAUCGUGACAAGUGAUCUACCAAUUGAACAGCGCACCACCUUCCGGCCGUUUGAGAAGGCCUUCGACAAGAAUGGAGUGCCUGGGUUGCGCGAGGCCGUGUCGGGCAAAUUCUUCUACAACCUCGAGAUAGUCACCAUCGAGAAGCGGCUCUCCAACGGGUACUACAAGCGGCCCAAGGACUUCUUGGCAGACAUUAAGAGGCUCGCCAAGGACGCCCGGCAGCUAGGAGAGCAGGAAAGACUGUUGCGCGCCAACGAAUUGUUGUCCAAUGUCGAGGUGGAUAUUGCUACCAUCGAGCAAACUGAGCCCGCUCUGGUGACGGAAUGCGAAGGGGUCUACGUGCGAGAACUGGAGAGGGAGAAACUUGCCAUCGAAAAGGCGCGCAAGGCGGCGGAAGAAGAGGAGGCAGGCCUGAUCGGUCGCGCGGCGGCAAACCGAGUCCCGCACGGCAACACAGAGUCGGGCCCAUCCAGCGGGCCGGUGGUCCUAGGUGAGACGUUCCCGGAUCUUGGUCCGAAAGAGACGACCCGACCGGUGACGCCUACCCGUCGGUCGACAGUGAGCUUCAUCACUAAUGGCUACCAUACCGGGGGCGGAUCGGACCUGAACGAUCUCAGUACGCAUGCGCUCACCAGUAACGGCUCGCAUGAGGAGCGCCCGGAUGGUGAUGGUGAUACUUACAUGACCAACUCGGAUCACUCUGCCGAAAGGGAGACACAGACAAGUUCGUUUGGUCCGUCGGCGCAGCCCAAACCUCCCUAUUCACACACAGCGCCAUCGCAGCAGGUGCGCCGGGAGUCGGGAAUUUCAAGCUUCUCGCAGAAGGGCCCCAUGACGCCCAUGGCGCCCGGAUCCCAACCUCACGAGUACACUAACGAGGCAUCGACGACACAGACGACGUCGGACAAGAAGUCGUCCGAGCAGUCCUCGGUGCCAAAUCCGUACACGCAGAGUCCGGUAGCCACUCAAGGGAUGCGACAUGAUUUUCCCGAUCUCACGCAGUACCCGGACCGGGUAUCGCAGGAGGAACAUCUUCCGGAUACGCAACAGGGAGACAGCAGCCAGCCGUCGCCCCGACCGGCUGCCGAUAUGGCGCCGCUGGAAAAUGGCCCGGCGCACUCGCAGCCACGGGCUCAGCCGCCGGUACCCCUGUUCGACCACCCAACCAAGCCGGCAGCGCAUGUGCCGGCGGGAAUGCAGUCGCUGCUGAACAAUGAGGACCUGUCGCCGAAAAUAACGCUUGACCUGGAAUACGUGCAGAAGCUGCACGAGCAGCUCACACAGCGGACGAGCGGCUGCAGCGUGGAGCAGCUAGAGCAGAUCAACACGAACCUGAUGGACUACCUAUGGCAGACGCGGGGAGAAUGGAAUCGGAGCAAGGUGGCAGCGGGAAUCCAGGACACGUUCAACGAGGUGCUGGAGGACAUGCAGGCAAUGCAGGAGAUUGGGCCGAUCAGCCAGAAGACGAAGGAGCAGCUGUAUCCGCUGUAGAUGGAAGAGAGUUUUUCAUGUGUGAUUGCUUUUGUGGGAUACCAUCAUACCCCCUUUACCUUUAUACCUCUUUGAAGCGACAUGGAUUGUAUCGUAUGUUUAUACCUGCUUGUCUUGAAUUUGGUUUGUUGUGUUGCUUGCUCUGCGUUGCUCUUUUUGCUACUGGUACUGAUUUAUGGGCGGUCAUUUGUUUGGAUCUUGCAUGUAUCUGGGCGUGCAGCAUAUUGUUGCCGACGUGUUGAAAUAGCUGGAAAAGGCUGUAUUCUUGUAGAUAGACUGGGG